GAUCUAAACGCAAAGAGAAAGAUGGCAGAAAUCGCUCCAGCUCUAGCUGCCGCCAAGGUUAAAGCGGCCAAAAGAAAGGUCGUGAAACCGAAGACCGCCGGCCCCAGCGUCAGUGAGCUCAUCGUGAAGGCCGUGUCCGCGUCCAAGGAGCGCAGUGGCACGUCAGUGUCCGCCCUCAAGAAGGCUCUGGCUGCCGGAGGCUACGAUGUGGAGAAGAACAAUUCCCGCGUCAACACCACCAUCAAGAAGCUGGUGGUCAGCGGGACCCUGGUCCAGACCAAGGGAACCGGUGCCACCGGCUCGUUCAAGAUGAGCAAGAAAGAGGCAGUGAAGAAGGCCGCUCCCAAAGCGAAGAAGCCCGCCGCCAAGAAACCCGCAGUGGCUAAAAAGCCCAAGUCAGCGGCAGCCAAGAAGCCAGCAGCCGCUAAAAAGUCCCCGAAGAAGGUGGCUAAACCAGCAGCGGCCAAGAAGCCCACCAAGAGCCCCAAGAAGGUGGUGAAGAGCCCCAAGAAGGUGGUGAAGAAGGCCCCUGCUGCCAAGAAAGCCCCUGCGAAGAAGGUCGCCAAACCUAAAGCGAAGAAGGCAGCAGCCAAGAAAAAGUGA